GUGUUACUCUGUCAGUUAAAUCCCCAUUUUUAAAAGCACACCAGCCUUUUUGUUCUGACAUCAAACUUUGGUAUACUUUAUUCCUUCAGAAAUCAGAGCAUGGCUGCUCAGUCUGGAGAAUGGUCCAUUGCGAAAAACUCACAGCAGGAGAAGCCACAAAGUGACACUCGAAAAAUAAGCCCUGUUGUUCCAAUACCCAAUAUAGAUAAGAAAACCGUAUGCAACAUGACUGCCUCAGACCAAGUCUCUUCAAGAUUGGACUCUUUUGGGUUUCUCUCAGCACAGCAAGCCACAGUAGACAAUUCAUCAAAACAAAGAGAAGAAUUUAAAGUGGAUCUUGCAUUAUCUUCCACAAAAAGCUUUGAUGUGCAUUGUUUCGACCCACAAUGUUCUAUGGAGAAAGGGAGAACUGAAAAUGUGGCAAGCUCAGCAGCCAGUACAGAAGAAAUGUGCUUGUACAUAUCUAAGGUGGAACUUGGUCCAUUAUGUACAACAUGGGAUUCUAUUUCUCAUUCACCAUCCACUUUACAGCCUGAAGUUCAGAUUGGACGAACAGUAGGCAUUCCAAGUAUGAUUAAGUUACAAUCAAGUUGCCCACAAUAUUCCAAGAUUCCUGGCAUGUCAUCUUUAUAUCAGUCAGAAAUUACAGCUUGGCCUGAUAAGAGGUUAUUGCCUCAGAGGUUAUCCAACAACAGAUUUCCUAUACUCCUGCAUUCAGACUAUAGCUCUCUUUAUGAGGGUAGUACAGGAAUUUCAAAAAUGGUGGACUUAACACCGUCCUGCUCGAGGUCUGCCAGUAUUCCUGGAUUCCCAUCUGCUUUGAAACGUGAGCCAAAUGUGACUUGUCUUUUACCUAUAUGUCCCAGAAUUAGCAGGAUUCCAGGGUUAGCUUCUGCUGGAGCAGUGAAUGGGUUUGAAAAUAAUGUUUGGGACAGUUGUUCUCUGUGGAAGAAACAUUUGCAGAUAAAAGAAGCAUUUGUUUCACAUAUGUCUUGUGUUCAGGAGCAAGCUGUUACUGAUACUAAUAUGGUUAAAGUCAUGGUGGCCAUGUUGCCAACAUGUUCUAGAAAGGCUAGUGUUCCAGGGUUUCCUUCUGCACCAUUGCACAAGGCUUCAGCUACGGCUAGUCUUCUCCCUACAUGCCCUAAACAGACAAUGGUUGCAGGUAUGCCUGGUAGACAAGGAGUUAUGGCAUAUAACGACAGCUGGCAUAUUUUAAGGGAACUUAUUUUAGAUCGACCAUUGAGAAGUAAUCCUACUCUGAUUCGGGAAAAGUCACAUGAGGAUAAAGAACAUAUGGUAGAUAUGUUACAAUCUUGUCCCUGGAAGGAAACCAUCCCUGGUUUUCCCUCUGUGCCAAGAAAAGAACCAAUUAUGCCCAGUGUUCCAUUUGCACCAAGUCAAGAUCCUAAUUUCCCAAGAAAAAACAGAGUCAUUGGUUUUAUCUCUAAGGAGCCAGUUGGUGCUCAAGGUGAGGGUUUGGAUAUAACCAGGCAAAUGUUAAUAGGGAAUCCCUUAAGUAAAGGGAAAGUCUUUAUUCCUGACAAUUACCCAGGUACAAGUCAGGAUCUAGACAAAAGAGAACUAGUAAGUACAGUGGCAUUGUUUCCUUCAUACCCUGUGAGAACCUGCCUCGUAGGUAUGCCCAAAGGACCCCAGAAGCUGUUACCAAGUAUUGUCAGUAUUGUACCUAUAUGCCCUAAACAGACCCAAAUUCCUGGAAUGCUGUCUCAAAAUCAAAUCAUUUCAGACAACAAAGAUUGGCAUGCCUUGAGGCAGUUGAUCAUCAAGAGACCAGAGAAGAAAACACAAGUUCACCUUGUUCAGUGGAUACUGAAAGACACAGAUAUCCCUAAAGAUAUGGUUGAUAUGCUGAGAAGUUGCCCAAACAAAGCCAACAUUUUUGGCUUACCCUCUGCUCCACAAGAACCCAGCAUGGUUAAUAUAAUGCCUUCAUAUCUCAUACACAGUGGAGUCCCUGGUUGGCCUUCAAAGACUGGACAGAAAUUCUGUUUGUCUAGCUGCAAUGAAUGGUUUGCUUCUAAAAUUUUACAUUGGGACAGUCCAUUUAUCAUAAAGGAAGUACAGAUUCUAAAUGCAGUUUUGUGUUUUGAUAUAAACACUGCUGAAAGUAUGAGUUCAAUAUUACCCUCUUGUCCUAAGAAUGUUAGUGCCCCUGGGUUUCCGUCUGCUCUGACACUGACAAUAACAGAUGGCCCAACUAUGGUGAAUUUAUUGCCAAGUUGUACAAAGGAAUCUAGAGUUCCUGGAAUGCCACUAAGAGACACCAGCAAACAAUCAGAGUGGCUAAUGGAAAGUAAGCCGAUGCUACUUCCUAGGGAGAAGUCGGCAUUUAAGUUACAUUUACUGGAUGUUAAUGUGUUCUAUUCUGAUUGUGAUAUGAUCAUAAAUAUGGUAUCAAUAUUGCCAUCUUGCCCACAGACAGCCUGUUUACCAGGCUUUCCAUCUGUGCCAUGUCAGGUGUUAGCAGAUAUACCAAGUAUGAUCAAUCUGUUGCCUACAUGUCCAAGACAUUCCAGCAUAUGUGGAAUACCCUCUAGAUACUACAGUUAUUCCGAUGAGGCAGAAUGGAAUGUGUAUGAAAUGCCAGCAUGGGAAAGGCCAUUAAGAAACCCAGGGAGACUGUCAGUAAUACAUGAUCAUAAAAUAUAUUUUACAGAAAAGGCGGUGGUUAAGGUUAUGGUAUCAAUAUUGCCACCCUGUCCAAAACACUCAUUUAUUCCUGGAAUCCCCUCGAAGGCAGGAGAGAGACAAGUGGAAGCUGUGAUGAGAGAGCCUCAAAGCAUGUUAAAAACUGUAGCCACUUUCCCAAAACACAGUAAAAUUCCAGGCCUACCUGCAAAGAAUAUAGCAAAAGAUUCGGAUGGCUGGUAUGUGGACAAGGAUGUAGUUUGGAAAAGCUCAUUUAAUAGAAGGUAUGGAGUUGUCCACCAAGAUUUUACAGUUAAGGAUACAUCAUAUAAGGACAAAGAAAUCAUGCUGAGUAUGCUUCCAUCAUGUCCUCGACAAGCCCUGAACCCUGGAUUUCCAUCUGCUCCACAAUCCCAGGCUGUUGAUGCCAUUGUGGAAAAACAUCCAGAUAUGGUAAAGUUGCUGAAAUGUUGCCCACAAUGGUCAAGUAUCAUUGGUUUCCCCUCAAGAGUGUCAGCUAUUUAUGAUUCUAAAGUAGGGUGCUGGCCAGUGGUGAUGGUAAAGAUGCAAGACUGCAGUUCAUUUUACACAAAGUAUAGUUCUCCCCACAAAGAUAUAUUAAUGGCAAGUCUUUCUCUUGAAACUUCUUGUCCAAACAUUGCUCUCAGUUCUUGCUUCCCAACAGUUCCAAUGCCUGACAUAAACCGGAAUCCGAAUAUGGUAAAUAUUGUGCCAUCUUGCCCAAAGAAAGCCUCUGUUCUUGGGGUACCAUCCACACAUGUGCACCAUUCAGAACAGGGGUGGCCAGGAACAACAAUAAAUGAAAAUGAAAGAGAAAACCUUACGAAUGAACAGCUGUCACUGGAAGAAUGUUACUUUUGUAAGGUUUCUGUCAGAGAGGGAUCCAAACUGUUUAUAUUCCCGAGCCAAGAUGUACCAGAGGAUGUACAACAAAGAAUGUCAAUAGAGUCAUCAACCUGUCCCAUCGAGACCAUUGUCAAAGACUUACCAUCAUCAAAUUCUGUGGACCAGCCAUCCUCCAGAGUUAAUAGAAUUAAGAUGUUAUGGGAUGAGGCCAGUCCAAUUAGAUUUGACACAGAGAAAACUAAAUCCGAUGUGUGCUCAGCUUUGGAGAGAUGUAAAGAUGGACAGGGCUUUCCAAUACCGAUUGAGGCUGAAGAAAAAGCUGUUGUAGAAAAAGGAAACUUGCAUUGCAGAAUGUGGCACUCCAUUCCUGACAUGCCACUAUUCUUGAGUGUUAGGAAGAGACAUGAAAACAUGGUUUCACUACAGCCAUCAUGCCCAGUUGUUGCUGGUGCAGCACAACUCUCAUCCCAAACCCAAAUAAAUAAUGCUGAGCAGCGGUUACAAAAACAUCCCACAAACAGGACCAUAGUAUGGGAGGAGCUACCAAAGGCACCUACAGUAAAAUGUCCGACAGACCAGACCAUAUUAUGGGAAGAGCUACCAAAGGUGACUACAGAGGCAACUAAAAACACAUCAGAAGAAGAAAUGGAAAUGACAAAAGAAAGGGUCAGUCUCUCUUCCAUGAUGUUAAACACUGGUGAUGAAAUGAAGAGAUAUACAGAAGCUGGGAUUGUUGAUCAAUUGCCAGAACACCCAACAGUUAGCGACAUAUUUGAAUUCACUGCUACUGCUAAACAAACAGAUGAAUGCCUACUGGACAGCAAGUCUACUUGGGAUACGCCAUCAGAGGAUAAUGACAUUGUGGAUAAAACAUCUUCCCACCCUCAUGCACAAUAUGUGCCAUACUAUGUGAAGCCUGAAAUGCAAUACAAACAGUCCACUUUCUUGGUUGUCUGUCCCAGUGUGACAAGCAUUGCUGGCAUGCCAUCCAGAUUACCCAUAAAAGAAAAACACUGGCUUAUAGAUCAAAAGCCAAUUUGGGAGAAACAAUCAAAAAUUAAGGAAAUAUUACCGCCAUAUGCAUUAAAGGAUGAUGAACAGAACAAGAAGCAAAUGGCUUUACUUGUACCCUCUUGCCCCAGAAAGGCAAUAAAUCCAGGUUUUCCUUCUGCACCACAAUACAGUUUAGUUUUUUAUGGACCAAAUCUGGUGGAUAUUUAUCCCAGUUGUCUAAGUGUAUCCAGUAUACCUGAUGCACCAUCUAUUGAUGAAGCCAGCAACAGAUCAUGGGUAUCUCAGCAGGCUCCACUUUUGGAAAACAAAAUUAAAACUGAACUUGUUGUAAUGACAGCGUCACCAAAAGAGAAGAAUGAAAUUAAACUGGGAGCUUUGGUACCAACUUGCUCAAGACAUCUUUGCAUACCAGGCAUCCCAUCAAUUACACAACCUGCUAUAGCACAUCAUGGAUCAGAUAUGAUUAGCCUUGUAAGAUCUUGCCCCAAAACCUCUUGUAUUGAAGGUGUUCCAUCAUUAAUGGAACCGUUGAGCAAAAGCUGGGCUACAGAUUUCAAGCCCUUAGGGGUAACACAGACAAAACAAUACAUAGUUAUGAUUGAAGAGAGACCUCACAACGAUGACAUGAAUGAUGACAUGAGAGCCAUGUCAGCUUUAGCCCCAACAUGUCCAAAAGAAGCUUGUAUUCUUGGAUUUCCAUCUGCCCUGGAACCUACAGUAAUCUAUAAUGGUUUUAGUAUUGUCAAUCUCCUUCCAUCUUGCCCGGCUGCAUCAAGUAUUCCUGGUUUUCCUUCAAUGCAGAAAGAUGACAGCAAAGACUGGAACACUUUUCAUCAGCCGUUAUGGGAGAAGCAAAUGAAAAAGAAGUCUAUAUUACUACCGGACAACGAUAAACUGGAUGAAGACAUGAAAGGAGUUGUGUCUCUUGCACAAAGUUGCCCAAGAGAAUCACUCAUCUUUGGUUUUCCCUCUGUCCCAAAACCCAGGAUAAAUAAUGUUGACAUGACAAAUAUGGUCAGUCUUUCAAGCGCAUGCUCAAAAGUGUCACAAAUACCAGGAUUUCCAUCAUCUAAUUUUUCAAAAGAAUGGACAGUGAGCAGGAAACCACUAUUUGAACCAAGAUUAAAAGAAAAGCUGGUGUCAUCGAUAGACAAAUGUGAAGGAGAUAAGAAAGCAAUGAAAGCAAUGGUUUCUCUUGUACCAUCCUGUCCAAAAGAGGCAAGGACGCCAGGAUUUCCUUCUCAUCCAAAUUCCAAAAACAUUAGUGCACCAAAUAUGAUCAGCCUUUUACCAUUGUGCUCGCAAGUUUCCAAAAUUCCUGGAUUCCCAUCAAUUGAUGGGGAUAUAAGUGUGGGAUGGGUAGCAGAAAAGGGGUCAUUGCUGAAGAGCCUACCAAAGAAGAAGGUCAUAUUUGACACAUCAAAUAACAAAAAGAUUAUGAAGACUAUGGUUUCCUGUGUACCAUCCUGUCCUAAAGUGACAAGAGUCCCUGGUUUCCCAUCUAUUCCAAACACUAAAAUGGUGUAUUAUGGCCUAAAUGUAGUCAACCUCCUUCCUUUGUGCCCCCUAGUUUCUCUCAUACCUGGAUUUCCAUCAGUUGAAGGGCACAAGGAAGACGGAUGGUGUGCUGAACUGGGUUCAUUGAUGCAAAGACCACAAAAGAGCAUUUCGUUUAGGAUAAACAGCUCACCAAUUAACAUAGACAAACCAAACAACAUGCUUGCUUUGGUUCCUUCUUGCCCAGGAGCAUCAAAGAUUCCAGGUUUCGCAUCUGUUCCCAAAUACAAUAUGCUGAGUCUUGUACCCGUUUGCUCCAAAGUAUCCAAUCUCCCUGGAUUUGCAUCCUUUGAAGGGGCCUCAAAAUUCCAAUGGAUUUUUGAUCCACACACUUUGUGUGAUAAACCAUCAAAGGAGACAGUAUUCAUAAUGCGCAGUCCAAAUGAAGACAGAGAAUCUGCAAAGACAAUGUUGGCCUUAGUGCCAUCUUGUCCAGAGGCAUCCACAAUCCCUGGGUUCCCCUCUGCACCUCGAACCAAAUCCAAGAUUGAACCCAAUAUGAUACGUUUUGUACCUUGCUGUUCCAGUGCUUCAAGUCUCAAAGGAUUUGCAUCCAUGACUACAAUCCCAAAGACAGGGUGGCUAAAUGAAACAAAACCAAUUUUGCUAAAGUCUCAGGAGAAAAGGGCAGAAAUGAUUUUAACACUUACUGAACAGGACCAGCUAUCUUGCUACAGCAUGAAAAGCAUGGUGACAUUAGUGACAUCCUGCCCAAAAGAAGCCAGAGUACGUGGUUUUCCUUCUGCUCAAGUUGUAAACAGACCACCAAAUAUGGUCAGCUUAUACACGUCUGCUCCAUGUGUUUCAUGCAUCCCAGGUUUCCCAUCAGCAAGGAUGCUUAGCUCUCAAUAUAUAAAUAUACAAAUUAGGACAACACACAGUGAGUCCUUGUCUGAGAAGUUGCAGAAUGAGAAGAUUUGUGUCAUUGCAAAAUUCCCAGCCAAACAUGACCAAGAAGAAAUGAAGUACAUGGUAGCAAUGGCUCCAUCAUGUCCACAUUUAACUCAAAUCCCUGGGCUCCCCAGCAUUUCACAAUUGAAUUCAGCAGAGAAAGAAACUAUGAUCAUUCAAGUCCACUGUUCUACUGGGAAGCAUACACCACAACAAUUGCCUCAUGCACAGUCAACUCAGUCAUAUCACAAAGACCCAAGAAUGCCUGGUGUUCCUUCCACAUCUCUUAGCUUCCCCAGCACAGCACUUGCAUAUGAGGAGAAAUUCAAAGGCGGUGCAAAGCAAAACAUAGACCUUUGUGUAGAUAACGGCAAAUCACAAGUAGAAAGGACAGUAGCAGAGGUAGCCCAGACAAAAGGGAAGAAACCAUUGGACACAUCAAAGCCAGUGGGAGUCUUGGGUUGGGAAGUAUUGGAGGCAGAGGGAACGAUUACAGAAAAACAAGCAAAGUCCUCUUUGUCAGCAAAAGAGGAAGAGGCGUCCGGAUUAGUUAAGGCUAUUGUUGGUGUUUUCCACAAAGGGUUUCAUUCACUCACUCCAGUAUCCAUGUCUCACAGUUAUGAAACAGUAGUAUCCAUUUUGGGGCCGUCUAGCUCUACUUUAGCUGAAGUGGAGCACCAACCCAGGGCUGCCUCUUCUAUGGAUCUGAAAGACAAGACACUGACUCCUUCAGAUGAGUUUUCAACACAUUUUGCUGGCAACACUACUUCCAUACAGAAGAUAGAGGGCCAGCUUGAAGACAUUCAUACCAAACAUAACAUUGAAUAUCCAGAAAGUGCUGAGCCUUACAUGUUGGACUUGGAAGGUGAUCGAUCAGCGUCUCCAUCACCAACUACCGACAGUGAUGACAGGUUUUUGGUUUGUGCAAGCAUAAAGAAAUGGCCACCGCUGACAGAGUCAGAUAUCACUGAAAUAUCAAAGGAGGAUAGUGAACAAGUAGAGGAACAAGAAGCCUUUCUUGAUCAAUUGCAUACAAAGGAAAUAUCUAACACAGGGCAGGACUCGCAUUGUACAGUGUACAUUGAAAGCUUGUUAGCAAGGCAACAGACUGAGACAGAACAGGAUGAGGUUAGAACAGAGUCAACUUCAUCACAGCUGGAUAAAGGCCCCCAACAAACAAACAUGGAAGAAAUUUCUGCCACUUCCCUGCAGCCUACAUCAAAUGAGUCACUGAUAGAUUCCAAAGUUCACGGAGAGAAACUCAUGGACAAACCCUCAUAUAUUCAGGACAUUAGUCCAGAUGGACCACAUGCUGGCAUUGCUGUCCGAGGCAGAAAGCCCAAGAGAAAAGUUCCAGAACCUCAACAGAAACGGUUUGAUCAAGAAAAAGACACUAUUCCAUCACGACCACUCAGAAGGAAGGAUAGUUUAACCCCAGACCGCAAACAAAAAUCUAAUAUUGUGUCGGUCAAUCUCCUCCCUGAGGUUGUUCCAAUCCAAUCUCUUGGGAAAGAUGCUACUGGUGAGAUACAACCUGCCACUGCCCCAUCUUGCCGGAUAAAGAAAGGAGCCAGUAGCAUCCCUGGUGUACCUCAGAAUGGUCAUGCCCAAGAAAGUGACUAUAGACAGAAAGGAGAAGUUGAAUCUGUGAAAAUAUCCAUGGAUGUUGUUGCGCCUCCUCGUGUGAAAAGAAGAGAUGGUAGUUUGCCACCUGAAACGCCACAGAAAACUGCCCCUUGCAAGCCUCUAAGGAGAAAAGACAGUGUGACUAGAGAGACAUUUGUUCCCAAAACGAAUGACCAACAGGAUUUGAAAGCCCAAGUCAGCUCUGCUUUGAAAACUAUGGAUCCUGUUCCUCCUCAACCAUGUAAGAGAAGCUCUGUUGUCUCAGAUGCUCUUGAACCUUUACAGAGCAUUGAUAAACUUGGUCAAACAGCCACUGAAAUGAUCCCUUCACAACCAGUAGGAAGAAAAGACCAAACAAUCAAACAAGAAACAGAUUUUGUUGGGAGUGCCUCUCUACAGGCAGACACAGAACUGGUCUGCUCAAAGCACACAGAGCAAACCUCUCAUACUUCAGAAUGGCUUAAGAAAGACAUUAAUACAUCUGUCCAGGCCUCUGCUCAUGUAAUUCUUCCCUCAGAAACAAAGGGGAUUGAGAGCAUCACACCAACGCCUGAACCAGAGAUGUUUCAUGUUGAGCAAACUGCUUCUCUCUCAAUCAUCAAGAAGAUACGUCUUCCACAACGUGGCAAGAAAUUGCCCUCAAGCAAAUCUGGCAAAAUCGGCAGUGACAAGGAGUCUGUAAAACCAGUCCAGAUAACAAACACUGUUAGGGACGACAUAAAGCAAUCAAAUAUUAUUGGUGGUGACACAUCUGUUGAUACGAUUGACAUCACGUCUUCUCAGAAAAUAGAAGAUUCAUCAGAGAUAGCAGAAGCAGACAAGGACAAACAAACAUCUCUUUGUAUGCCACGGCCACGUGUGAGGAAACGUGUCAGUGGCUCCUUCCCAGAUGACGUUGCAGCUAUGGUGAGCACAUCCAAGCCUUCCCAUGGAGAAGAGGGACAGGCAGCAAAGCAAGAUGGUCCUUCAUCCAUUUCCUCAACAACUAAAGAUUUGUCAAAAGUGCAAGACAGCAAAUGCUUUCCCCCUUUGGGUGAUCAACCUUCUUCAUCCAUAGAUCAACCUUCUUCAUCCAUAGAAGUAGUGACUCCCGUGAAGUUGAGGAGAGGUAGAUUGAUCAUCGAGGGCAGGGUUCAAGUAGAGAAGACACCAGGCGCUUCAAGCUUACCUGUACCAAAACCAAGAGUAAAGAAACGUCUCAGUGGGUCAUUCCCAGAUGCCACUACAAUUUCUGAUUCACCACCUCCCUGCCUGCCAGACACAGUAACUGACACCACUGGUGAUGAAUCAGUCCAACAGAAUGAACAGUCAAGCUUGCCAGUUCCAUUGCCACGGGCCAAGAAUCGUCUCAGUGCAACUUAUUCAGACAGCACAACACCGGCAGACAAUGUAUUCCCUUUGGAAAUGGAAUUCUUUCAGAGAAACCCAGAGGAUACAUCUGCCACCGGCAAGCAAACUAAGGAAAGCUCAACAUCGCUGGAUUCAAGUGUGAUCUCUGAAGGAGGUUUCGUCACAAUCCAAGGAGAAGAUGAUGGGGCAUCUGAGUUGGAACGAGAAGUGUUGGAAGCAAUGGGAGAAGAAGAAUUUCCUCAGGUCAAUGCUGUAGAAGAUACUGAGAAGGGACUGGAUGAAAUCAUUGAAGGCUGGACCUUUACAGAAAAACCUGUUGCCACAGAUGACUCAGAGAAGGCUGCAGAGUGUGUGUCUGAGCAAGCUGACAUUGAAAAAGUCCUGGGAGAAGAGGUUGAUAGGUCUCUUUCUUCCACUGUUGCAUCUUCUCAGGAUGACUGGCUACAUGUAGAGGAUGAUAAAGACAGUGAACCAGUGGAAAUAAACUCAAGGAAGGAAAUAAGGGACGAAGAGUUGGACUUUGGCUUUGUGUCUGUAGAUGUAGAUGCUGGUUGUUUAGAGGAAGAAAGGCAAAGGGAGAAGUCGCAAGUUGCUUACAUCCACCAAGCCAGUGAAGUAACAACACCUCAGAAAAGACCUGCAGAUGGGGCUGCCUCUCCGGAAGGCUUUUCACCCACUCCCAGCUUAGUGACAUCGAGUCAGUCUCUACUGGACUGGUGUCAGGACGUCACGCAGGGUCACAAGGGACUGAAGAUCACCAACUUCAGCACCUCCUGGAGGAACGGCCUUGCCUUUUGUGCUAUUUUACAUCACUUCCAACCAGAAAAUAUUAAUUUUGAAAUGCUGGACCCGUAUGACAUCAAGCACAACAAUAAGAAGGCCUUUGACGGCUUUGCCGAACUUGGCAUUUCCAGGCUGAUGGAGCCUUCAGACAUGGUCAUGCUAGCAGUGCCUGACCGCCUCAUUGUCAUGACCUACCUCAACCAGAUCCGCACCCAUUUCACAGGCCAGCAGCUCAGUGUGCUCCACAUAGCGAGAGAUAGCAGCGAGUCAAGCUAUGCAGUUGCAGGGGACCGGGAGGGCCAGGAGGACCCAGAGGCGACUGUUCGCUACUGUACCCAGAGGCUGCAAGAGGAGGGUAUAAGUCUAGACACCAACGGGACUGCAGGCACCACAGAGGCGGCAGACAUUAUAACCAGGGAUGUUGUACCUCCUCCCAGAACCAAACGGCUGCAGGUUGCUGGGGCUCAGCUACCAUUGGCACCGCCAAGGACUCAUUUCCUGUCCAAGACUGGUUUCUCUCAUGUCAAAGACGCAGAUCUGGUCAAGAAGCGUAGGUCACAGCGGAGGAGUGGGUCAUUAGAAGAAGGAGAAAUAUCAGUGGUUGUUGCAGGCCAAGAAGACAGUGUGAUUACUCGGAGGAAGUCAGACACUGAAACAACAGAGGCUGAAGUCGAGGAGGGACGACUAGAGGGCCAAGACCCCAGCCAGUAUGUGCGGAGUCAGAUAGAAGCCCUGGAAGCGGAACAAAGUCAUAUUGAUAACAGAGCAGGUGUGGUGGAGAGGAAACUCAGACAACUCCUGGAAACGGGCAGUGACAAGGUGGAGGAGGAGAGGUUGAUCCAGGAAUGGUUCGUGCUGGUCAACAAGAAGAAUGCUUUAAUCAGGAGGCAGGACCAUCUGCAGCUACUGCUGGAGGAACAAGACCUGGAACGAAAAUUCGAGCUGUUAAACAAAGAGCUGAGGGACAUGAUGGCAAUUGAAGGUACGACUUUACUGCUAAACACACACCGCUUCUACAUCACUCCACAACACAGUCCUUAACACCAAGCACUGAGGUCGAAUGCUCCGAUUGUAGCCUGUAGUGCUUCUCUAUAAUGUACCAGUGUCAGAGUAUUAGAUUAGAUUAGAAAACUUUAUUAAUACCCGGUGGGGAAACUCAUUUGCCACCAUAAACUCAUACAGACAACAAUAGACACAGUCCUCAGUGCGCAACAGACAAAAACACAUUACAAAGAAUAAAUAACACCAGGAAAUGCCAUAUGAAACAUGAUUGACAUCAGAAAGAUGCUAAAUCUAAAAACCACAUCUAAAGGUGUUCAUUCAAAAAUCGAACUGCUGCUGGAACGAAAGACCUUCUGAGUCAUUCAGUAAAGCAGCUAAAACAAGGCAUUUAUAUUUACAUUGAAGUUACUUAUUUGUAUUACCUACAGUAGAUUGGAGAAACAGACUGGAGUACCAGCACAGGAGCAACGUAAUGUACUGCUGAGGAUGUAUUUUAAACACCUAAAAUAAAUCAACAUCAGUUUCAGAGUACACUAUAUUUAGAAUAUCCAUCCAUCCAUCCAUU